AUGAGUGCCGCCGUCGACAGCGGCCGAGUCCCCAACGAGAUCCGCCGCAGCCUCCAGCUCGUCCGAGUCUGCCACCAAGACCUCGAGCGCCUCAUCGACCUCCGCCACCAACACCUCGCCCUUCUCCAGACCAAGCCCGGUGACCUCGAGCAAGUCAACCGGGUCAUCAGCGAGGUAAAGGGCGGGCUUGCCGAGGCCAGUCGCAUCGUCGAAAAGUGUCGCCCCGAGGCUCACACCGACAGCAAGACGCCGCUGCGCAAGAGACUGGCCUGGAUCUUGAGCGACUCGCUCCUGGGAGACAGGAUAGGGGAUGAUUUCUCGAGUAUUGUGCCCUCCACCACCACACUCUUGUGCAGCAUUCUCACGUACGGCAGUCUCUAG